UUGAUCUAAUCCGUCCAAUUAGUUGUGUUUAUUUAAUAUUAUAAAGAAGUACAUCAACGUGUUUUAUAUAUUAUUGGCUUUUAAAUUUUAUUUUAUUUGGUAAUUGCAACAUUUUCAGUCAUUUUGUGUAAUCAUCGCUGGUUAACUCAACAGAAUAAAUCCCUAUGAAAUGGAUUUUUCGUCUCGACAUGAAGCUCAACCACUGCUAAAUCAAAACAAGUCGAAUAUAAAGUCGAACCGAAAACUGCUUAAGUGGCCUUUCAAUGGAAUUUUAUUUGGAUUAUUAUUCCUUGGUGCUCUUUAUCUUUUGUAUGUCUUCAUUAAGUAUGAAAUACAACCAGCAUCCAGUUACACCGCUAAGACACGGAAUUCACUACAUGUUUCAAGUAUUGCAACCACAAAUCAUGAUUAUUUCAAACAAUGCGCUCCUCAAGUAAAAUGUGAUCCAUUCGCUAAAUACAGAAGCCCAAAUGGAUCAUGUAACAAUUUGGAAAUACCUUCGUUGGGAGCAUUAAGAACACCAUUUUUUCGUUUGCUUAAUGCUAAUUUUAGUGAUGGUUUUUAUAAACUUCGAUUACAAUCAAAUGGAAGUGAAUUAACUAGUCCAAGAGUGAUCAACAUUGAACUCUUUCUGAAUCGAGAAAUAUAUAAGCCCGAUGAAAAUAAUGUACUUUUAGUGCCAUUUGGACAGUUAAUAGCUCAUGACAUAUCAGGUCUGUUCAUUGACAUUCCAAAAAAUGAUGACGGUGGAGUAAUAGAUGGUUGCCUCGACGAAAAUGCAAGAAAAACAUUUACUCAGUGUCAAAUGGUGGUCAAUAACCCACCUGACGACCCUGUUUAUAGUGAGCAUAACAUAUCUUGCAUGGGGUUAUUCCGUUCGAUGACGUCGAGAAAUUACAGCUGUCCGUUAUACCCCUCAACGUUUAUUAACAAUAAUACUCAUUUUAUCGACGCAUCUGAAAUAUAUGGAUCGGAUGAAAAAUAUUCACUGCAUCUAAGAAUGAUGGAAGGCGGACGACUUAAUUUCUCAAUUAACAGCAAUGGGCAAAUGUUUUGUCCAUACUUAGAGAGUAAAAAUGUGGACCCUACCGUACAUGAUAUAAAAGACAUUGAAUAUGACACAGGUGAUCCGGAUAAUGGAAAUCAAAAUUUAGGAAUAUCAUCGAUGCAGAGUUUAUUCUUAAGGUAUCAUAAUUAUAUUGCUUUUAAACUUUCAACAUUAAAUCCUUAUUGGUCGGAUGAAAUUCUUUAUCAGGAAUCUCGCAGAAUAGUCAUUGCAACUAUUCAACGUAUCACUUAUAAAGAUUUCUUACCUAUAAUUAUCGGAGAAGAUUUUCAAGAAAUGUAUGGAUUAAAUGAAGAGAAUAUUUAUGACCCUACCAUUAAUCCAUCUACAUCUCAGGAAUUUUCCACAGCUGCUUUCCGAAUUCUUCAUUCACUUAUACCCGUUCAAUUCAAUUUUAUAAAUAAAGAUUACAAAACAGAAUUUUCAAUUAACGUAACGGAUUGGAUGAGAGAAUCAAACUUAUUACCUUUACAAAAUAAUUUUGAUAAAUUACUCAAAGGAUUUUUGGAAACACCUGGGCGAUUGCUUCAACCUUCGUACAAUUUUUAUAUUUCCAACUUUAUGCUUGCUAGAUUUAAAGAGCCUCCAUAUACAGGGCGUGAUUUACUGACUAUUGAUAUCGUUAGGGGCCGUGAUGUAGGCUUACAACCAUACAAUAUUGUCAGACAAUUUUGUGGACUGCCGUUUGCAAAUGAUUUUGAAGACUUAGUAGAUCUGAUACAUAUAAAGGAUAUAGCAACAUUAAAAGAACUUUAUAACUCAGUAAAUGACAUCGACUUAAUGGUAGGUAUUUUAUUAGAAAAACACAGUGAUGGUGCAAUUGUGGGUCCUACUUCUCAAUGUUUAAUUGCCGAUGGUUUUUAUCGGUAUAAAGCUGGUGAUCGAUUUUUCUAUGAUGUACAAGGUCAACCCGGCAGUUUUACUAAAAAUCAAUUAAAAGCGAUUCAAAAAAUUACUUUUGGCCACGUGAUUUGUGCUACUACAAAUGUGGACCACGUACAAAGUGACAUUUUUAAAUUAGUCGAUCACAAUUUAUACCCAACAAGCAAACUGAAAUGUGAUGAUUUCUACUUGGAUUUUGAGGAAUGGGAAGAAUUGAAUGACCGAACAGAGUUGUAAUUUAAUCAAGAUAAAUAUUUACUACAUUUAAUGUCUAUAAAUCUAUUGUUUAUUAUUUUUUUAUUUCUUGUUUUAAAAUAAUUUUCUCUAAAUAAUAAUACCAUUUAUAAUAGGUCUACAUUGAACUUGAAUAUGUAUAAAUUAUAAAAAACAUUGAUCAACUCGAUUGAUUUCUUAACAACAUUUAAAAAUAUUUUUAACGUCAAUUGGUAUAUCUGGGAAUCGUUUUUUAUAUUAUAUCCGAGUCAAAACGAUCAUCAAAUAUGUACCAAAUCAUUAAUUUAAUAUUUUAUACCAACACAAUAGUUUGAUUGAAUAUUUGUGUGGUAUGAAUUCAGUGCAAAUUAUAUCAAAUUAUAUAAUAUGUCUAUUACAGUGAAUAAACGAACAACGGUAAA